AUGGCAGAUUCCUCCAAAUACCAAAAACCAGAAGCUGAUGAUGAAGAAGAAGAAACGCAAGACAGAAUCAGUAAUCUACCAGACGGUGUACUGAGCCACAUCCUAUCUUUCCUUCCAACCAAAACCACCGUUCAAACAGCAUUAUGGCACCACAUCUGGAAGCAUCAAUCAGUUCUCUACUUCAACGAAUUCAUCGAUGAUUACCAUUGUUAUAGACACGACCAAUCCGAUGAACAAUUCAAAAGCUUCGUUGUUAUGGUUAACAGUGUCCUCAACCUCCUUCAUAAUCCCGGGGGCAUUCGGAAGAUGACUCUGCUAUGUUUCUGCACUGUUUUCGAAGAUAAGUUUCGUCAAUAUUCAGUUAACAACUGGAUUCAAUCUGUCAUUAGACCCUACCACGAAGAACUUCACCUUACACUCGAUAAAGAUGAUUGUCGAGGACCUGAUUUCAAGCUCCCUCAAACCCUCUUCACUUCCCCUAAUCUUGUUUCACUCAGUCUUGUGGGUGAGAUUAGUUUAUAAGAACUAAGCUCUACAGCGGUUAGUUUUCCGUCAAUAAAGAAUAUGCUAAUCAGCAUUGGUUCCGUGGAAGUGCAUUCUGUGAAUGCACUUCUCAGUGGUUGCCCCAUCAUCGAAACUUUGGAUCUUUCCUUUUGUCCUUUAAGCUUGGACAAAGUUUGCAUUCCACCUUCCAUGAAAAGGCUGAUAGUUAACAAUAAGAGUUAUCAUGGAGCUUGCCUUGAACUAAAUGUGCCGGAUCUUGAGUACCUUAACAUUAGCAAAAUCACAUUCAGGGAAGUUUUUAGCACAUACAACUUGCACAACGUGGUGGAAGCGCAUCUUGAUGUCUUUCCCCCCCGGUGUAUUUUUGUCACUCAUUUUUACACUCAAUUACACAACCUCCUUGGUGCUAUCUCUGGGACUAAGCAGCUAGUGUUGAGUCCUUCAACAACCAAGUGGCUGCUUGGUGAACCCUGUGAUCUCCUUUUUCAAGAAUUUCACUAUUUGGUUUGUCUAGAGCUCAAUCUUCCCCAGUUUAACUACAAUUCUUUGAUCAACUGGCUUCACAAAUGUCCAAUGCUUCAAGUUCUUAUAAUUCAGAAUGUCGACAAGAGAAAACUUUCCCUCUUGGAAUACACAAUCCAUGUUUGCUCGGAUGAUUUUGGCUUUACACAGAAGAGGUCAAUGGUAGCAAAGCAUAUAAUAUGUAUUAUGCAUUUAAUUAGGUUCAAAAGUCUUUUGACAACUACUAUGUUAUGUUGGGAUGAAAUCAAAUGGUAAUUGCUUUUGUAUUUUCCUUCAUGGUAAUUGAUUUCAGGAUUCUCUGCAAUAUCUUCUUUUCACCUUUUGUU